AGUUCGGUUCCGUUCCGUUCCAUUGAGACGCGCGCGUCUCGCGUGUCAAGCUCACCGCGAGAUGGGUGAAUCUAAAACCUCGACAUUCCUUGGAUUCGAUUUUAGCACACAACAGCUGAAAGCUGUAGUUGUUGACUACGAUCUCAAUGUUUUGCACGAAACUAGUGUUCAAUAUGACAACGAUUUACCUGAAUUUAGGACUUAUGGAGGAGUUUUACAAACGAAAGAUGAGCCCAACGUAAUAACAGUUCCUACACAUAUGUGGGUUAAGGCAUUGGAUAUGAUAUUGGAUCGACUUCGUGUUUGUGGCGUAGAUUUUAGCAAAGUCGCUGCUAUUUCCGGAUCAGCACAGCAACAUGGCACCGUUUAUUGGAGUAAGGGUAGCCAGAAAACCCUACAAAAUCUCAAUCCUGAAAAAUUCUUGCACGAGCAGUUGGUCGCAGCCUUCUCGAUUACACCCGCACCAAUUUGGAUGGACUCGAGCACGAGUAUCGAAUGUAAACAUCUUGAAGAGGUCGUCGGUGGUCCAAAUAAAUUGGCGGAAAUCACGGGAUCACAAGCGCACGAAAGAUUUUCCGGACCGCAGAUAGCUAAAAUUUUCAAAAAGAGACCCGAAGCUUUGGAGAAUACAGAGAGAAUUUCGCUGGUUAGUAGUUUUGCUGCUUCCUUAUUACUGGGAAAUUACGCGCCCAUCGACUGGGCAGAUGGAUCUGGAAUGAAUCUACUAAACAUUCGAACUAAGGACUGGUCUGACGAGCUUUUGGAGGCCUGUGCUCCAAAUUUAAGGCAAAAGCUCGAUAAACCCGUUCCUUCUCGUACCGAUAUUGGCCCAAUUUCGACUUACUUUGUCGAAAGGUUCGGCUUUGACGAAAAAUGCCGUAUUAUAGCAUUUACCGGUGACAACCCUUGCUCUUUGGCAGGCAUGAAAUUGAAAGAAGGAGAUAUAGCCUGUAGUCUUGGUACAAGCGAUACGAUUUUUCUUUGGCUCAACGAAUCAAAGACCGUUACGGAGGGUCAUGUCUUAUGCAAUCCUGUUCAAGAUGAUGCUUACAUGGCUCUUUUAUGCUUUAGAAAUGGCUCGCUGACCCGGGAGCGGAUACGCAACAGUGCGGCCGGGGCCGACUGGCGUCUAUUCAACGAACUCCUGGACAAUACGCCUCGGGGCAACUUCGGCAACUGCGCCUUCUACCACGAUGCAGAGGAGAUAAUAUCGCGGAUCUCGGGCGAUCAUCGCUUCAACAAGACCAACGAGCGCAUUGUCCGCUAUAGUUCGAAAGAGGUGGAGGUGCGGGCCCUGGUUGAGGGCCAGUUUAUCGCGAGGAGGGCGCAUGCCGAGGAUUUCGGACUUGUUAUUGGCCCAAAGAGACGGAUUAUUGCAACUGGAGGAGCUUCGACUAAUAAAACAAUUCUUCAAGUUCUUUCGGAUGUUUUCAAUUCUCCUGUACAUGUUUCAGAAGUAGUGAAUUCAGCAAUGAUGGGAGGAGCUUAUAGAGCAAAACACGGACUUUUAAAAGACAAAUAUAAAUUCGAUGAUAUAUUGAAUAGUUUGCCGGAACCUCAGCUUCUGUGUCGACCUCAUGACGAUGCAGAUCGUAUUUACAAGCCAAUGGUCGAGCGAUAUAAGAAGCUGUUAAAUCAGAAUAUGCUGCAGAAUUAAAUCGUGAAGAAAUUUAUUACAUUCCAGAAGAAAAAGCUUUUUAAAGAAAUUUCCUAAAUAUUCGCUUUACAUAUAGCGGUACAAUUGUAAUGUAACUAGUAUCGUUAGCGCGCAAAGCCGUAUUAUAAUGAAAGUAGCAAACGUAGCCUUAAUACGUACUUGAAAAGAAAUAUUCUUACGAAUAAUUCUAUUUACUCGUUAAAGCAAUUAAUUUUAAGAAU